AUGCAUUCAACAAUUUUAAAACUAUUUAGAAUUAAUGAAAUUUAGUUCCAACUUGAUGUGCUAAUAUAAAUAUUUAUAAAUUUCUUUUGGAUAUAAUAAAUAAGAUAAACCACUUCUUGCGGCUAAAAAAUUUAGUAAAAGAAAUUAUUAAAAAAAAAAUAUUUAAAAGAAAAAUAUUAAAAAAAUCAUAUCAAUAAUAACAAAAUUUAUAUUCAAAUGGGUAACGUUUUAGCAUGUCAAGACAAGAGGGAUAUUGAAACCCAAGAAAAACAACCUAAUGGCAACUCAAAUAAAUUAGCUAACACCAAUUACAGCAAGUCUAAUAUGAUUGCUGAUAAAAACGACAAUUAAGAAUCUAAGACUGAAAAUCCUGAAGAAUGCUCCAAGGAUUAAGUUUGCGAAGAAACCAUAGAAUCUAAGCAUGCCCAUCACACUGAACGUGUUGAAGGAGAAAAAAAAUAACAAAUUGGAGAUAUGGACUUAGAAAAAGAACUUGCUGCUGCUGCUGAAGAAGAAGAAAACCAAGAACAAAGCAAGCCUGUUGAGACUCAAAAAGAAGAAAACCACAUUGAAUAAUAAGCUGAACCCAUUGCUGAAAAAACUGAAGAAGUUGUUGUUGAACAAAAGCCUGAAGAAAAGGUUGUUGAAAAUGCAGAAGAAUAAGUUGCUGAAUAAAAGCCCGAAGAAGUUGUAGCCCAAAAUACUGUCGAAUAAGCUGUUGAACAAAAAUAAGAAAAUAAGGAAAACACAGCUGAAUAAAAGAUUGAAGAGCCUGUUGCUGAAUAAAAGGUUGAAGAAGUUGUUGCUGAAUAAAAGAUUGAAGAGCCUGUUGCUGAAUAAAAGGUUGAAGAAGUUGCUGCUGUUGUUGAAGAAAAGGCAGAAGAAACUGUCGCUGAACAAAAGAAUGAAGAAGCUGCUACUGAAUAAAGUGAAGAAAAGGUAGAAGAAAAAGUAGAAAAUCAAGUUGAAAAUGCUUGA